AUGCGGGCUUACAUGAAAAAAGUUUUGUACAGGGAAAAUAUCGAAAAACGUACUCUCCGUCUCGGCCUGAUCCACGAUCGCCUAUCGAAUGAGACGGAAGAACAACGUGCCCACCGCCUCGGCGUGAUCCACAAUCGUCUAUUGAAUGAGACGCAAGAGCAACGUGCCCACCGCCUCGGCAUGAUCCACGAUCGUCUAUCAAAUGAGACGCAAGAGCAACGUGCUCACCGCCUUAGCAUGAUCCACGAUCGUCUAUCGAACGAGACGCAAGAGCAACGUGCCCACCGCCUUGACAUGAUCCACGAUCGUCUAUCGAAUGAGACGCAAGAGCAACGUGCUCACCGCCUUAGCAUGAUCCACGAUCGUCUAUCGAACGAGACGGAAGAGCAACGUGCUCACCGCCUCGGUGUGAUCCACGAUCGUCUAUCGAAUGAGAUGGAAGAGCAACGUGCUCACCGCCUCGGUGUGAUCCACGAUCGCCUAUCGAAUGAGACGGAAGAACAACGUGCCCACCGCCUCGGCGUGAUCCACGAUCGUCUAUCGAAUGAGACGGAAGCGCAACGUGCCCACUGCCUCGGCGUCAUCCACGAUCGUCUAUCGAACGAGACAGAAAGCAACGUGCUCACCGCCUCGGUGUGA